CGCUGCUGAUCUCACCAUGCUGGAGUUCGCGGUAUGGUGUAUAAUAGUGGAAGGUAUCCCAGCUCUAGGGGGGACUGCGCAAUCAAUACACAUUCAGGCUUGUGGCUGAUACUUGAAAAUGAUUUCCUUCCUCGCACUAGGCUUGUUCGCCGCCAGUGUCGCUGCUGCUCCAGCACCACAGCUCAUAGACCUGACCCCUGACUACUCCAAAGGCGACUCAAACCCCGCACGCUUCAGGUAUUAUGAGAACCAGGACUUCUUGCAAGGACCUUGCGAUAUUACCACUGGCCCAGAUGGCAACAUCUGGACACAGAACUUCCUCGAUAACACAGUCUCAAAGAUCGAGAUCGAGAGUGGCAGGAUCACAAACUACAAAGUGCCCUACAGCCCUGACCAGCUGUAUCCCAACCAGAGUCUUCCAUUGACCGGACGUGUUGCAUUCGCGUGUGCUAUUCAGCCAGGCAGCGAUGGCAACUUGUACGCUGCAACAGGCGUGAGAUCUCAGUUUCUGAAGAUCAAUCCGGCAAACGGGAACAUCAAGGUCUUCACACCGCCGUUGCCAAAUGUUCCCUUCUUGGGUAACAUCCAACCAUUCAAUGACCUCUGGGAUGGUGGCUCAGGAAUGUGGUACACGCUCACCACAGCCGGUACACUCUAUCACUUCGACUAUGCUACCGAGACAUUUGAUGGCGUCUACCCUCUGCCUACUCCGUUGAACGGCGUGGUCGGAGCUUUCGUCUCCAAAAUCGACGGAAACGUGUGGCUCGCCGAGAUGCUCGGACAAGCAAUCACCAAAUUCGACGUCAAGACAAAGCAAUUUACGCGGUACCCACUCCCUCUCAAUGGUCUCGGUAUAGUAGUCGUCCGCGCAGAGACUGAGAACAGAUACAUCUGGUUCACUGGUUUUGUGUCAAACUCCAACGUCCGCUUUGAUACAAGCACUGAGAAGAUCGACGUCUUCACUGACCCGCUGCCUGCGUCGUUUCCUACCGAGAAUACUGUUGAUAAGCAAGGAAGAUACUGGUACUCGACGGCAACGAGGAACACUAUCCAGUAUCUUGAUCAGAACAACGAGCCAGUCAUUAUUGACAUGCCGGACAGCGGUAUUACCUCCCCAAUUGGCAUCCCGCCGGGCUUGAACAUUGCAAUUCACGCAGGCCCAGACAAUGCUAUUUACUUCUCGCAAGUGUUGAGGAACAGAAUUGGAAGAUACCAGCUUUGAUUUCCGGGAUAUAGUUUUGCAC